AUGAUGUACCUAGGAAGCCUGUUUGUCUCUGGAUCAGCCCCUGUGAAGACCACCACUGCCUCUGCUGUCUCUCAGGGCACAGCCAGCUCUGCUACAGCCUCUGUGAAGACCACCACUGCCUCUGCUGUCUCUCAGGGCACAGUUAGCUCUGCUACAGCCUCUGUGAAGACCACCACUGCCUCUGCUGUCUCUCAGGGCACAGUCAGCUCUGCUACAGCCUCUGUGAAGACCACCACUGCCUCUGCUGUCUCUCAGAGCACAGCCAGCUCUGCUACAGCCACUGUGAAGACCACCACUGCCUCUGCUGUCUCUCAGGGCACAGCCAGCUCUGCUACAGCCCCUGUGAAGACCAUCACUGCCUCUGCUGUCUCUCAGGGCACAGCCACCUCUGCUACAGCCCCUGUGAAGACCACCACUGCCUCUGCUGUCUCUCAGGGCACAGUCAGCUCUGCUACAGCCUCUGUGAAGACCACCACUGCCUCUGCUGUCUCUCAGGGCACAGUCAGCUCUGCUACAGCCCCUGUGAAGACCAUCACUGCCUCUGCUGUCUCUCAGGGCACAGCCAGCUCUGCUACAGCCUCUGUGAAGACCACCACUGCCUCUGCUGUCUCUCAGGGCACAGCCAGCUCUGCUACAGCCCCUGUGAAGACCAUCACUGCCUCUGCUGUCUCUCAGGGCACAGCCAGCUCUGCUACAGCCUCUGUGAAGACCACCACUGCCUCUGCUGUCUCUCAGGGCACAGUCAGCUCUGCUACAGCCUCUGUGAAGACCACCACUGCCUCUGCUGUCUCUCAGGGCACAGCCAGCUCUGCUACAGCCUCUGUGAAGACCACCACUGCCUCUGCUGUCUCUCAGGGCACAGCCAGCUCUGCUACAGCCUCUGUGAAGACCACCACUGCCUCUGCUGUCUCUCAGGGCAGCUCUAGCCAAGCUAGAGCCUCUGAGAGCUGAUUGGUGUGUGGACUACCUGCUCAGGCCAACUGGGAAGACCAUGCAGGAGGAAAUGGACCCAGACUAGGAGACUAAUUUUGAGCACUAUGCAAUUGACCCCACAGUUGGUAGUCUUCUGGAUGACUUUACCACCACCUCCAGUGCCAAAUCUGCUGCCACCAGUACCUGGCCUGCUUCACCCACAGCCCAGUCUGAUGCCAGCCAACUCCAACCAUGCAUAAAACUUGAUUUGUAUGAUAAGUGGCAACGUGUCACUAGUUUCCAUAUAGACUCUCCUGUACUCCAGACCUUUUUUAUCUUUCUAAAAUCAGAUCGAGCAUAAAUCCACAGUUGCUCUUGUGUGUCACAAAUCACUCCCUUCCUUCCCACCUCGCACACACUGGUUGAAUCAACCAGCGAUAGAAAGUGUAUGCUAUUGGAUCAUUUUCUGUUUAAUUUGGAUGGGGGCGAUUUAAAGCCUAUCAGUAGGGCCUAUAAUAGAACAUCAACUAUUCAUGUGUUUGAUCUUGUAACACGGCUGUAGGAACUUCUAACGCGGCGGCAUGGGAUUUGUCCGAUGUAAAGUCAGGUGGUUUCGUUGCAUCCAAUGGCAGUGUAGGCGAUAAGGUUACACCAGAGUUGUAGUUCCACCUCCGAAACCGCCAAAACAACCGCUAUGCGGGUGUCAACCAACGCUAUUCUGAUUGAAUCAAGCCCUAGAACAUGUUUGCAUGGAUGUUUUCAUAUGUUUGGAUCCUGUUGUGUUAUUCACUCAGAAUCAGUCAGUUGCCAUACCCACUCAUUACCUUGGGCUCCUAGGGGUUGUGUGUGUGUGUGUGUGUGUGUGUGUGGUUUCACAUUUGUCAGUAAUAAACAUUUCUAUAUUUCAACCAAUUCUUUGAAUGACUUUCGAUUGUAGGUCAAUCAUUCUUCACUUUUUAAUUACUAAAAUAUGUGGCUCUGAUUGUCAUACAUGUAUGUCCCACUGGACACACACUGGUUGAAUCAAUGUUGUUUCCACGUCAUUUCAAUCAAAUUUAUUGGAACCAACGUGGAAUAGACGUUGAAUUAAUGUCUGUGCCCUGUGCUAUGUGAUGUAUUUAUAAUUAUAUCAGGUAAUAUGCAGUCCACAGGAAACUGCAACAGCUAACGGAUCAUUUAAAAUACUAAUUGCAUAAACAAGGUAACGGGAAUAUAGUCCAGUAAUAAACCAACCUCAUUAGAACAACAUAUGUUAUGAUUAUGCUAUCAUAAUCAUUCCAGAAACUUAGGUGAUCUUAAAUUCACCAAUGUGAAAAAUAGUUCUUAAGACUUUUGGAGACUAUAGUGGUGGUUUGGAAAUUGUAUUUCUGCCGUUAUGUGGGACGAGUGGGAAUUUGAACUGGUGAACUUCUGGUCCAGGCUUCCCCUUCCUCAAACAGGAAAAAACAAAAUGUUCAUUGUUUUUCAGCUUACAAUAAUAAAUAAUGAACACUUAUAUUAUGAAUAAGAACGAUCAAUUGUUCCUCUCCUUUACAUACUAUUGUUCCACAGCUUUGGUGCAGAGCAACUUACAGUAGUGAGUGCAUACAUUUUUUUAUUUUUUCAUACUGGUUCCCCGUGGGUAUUGAACCCACAACCCUGCCAUUGCAAGUGCUCUACCUACUGAGCCACAUGGAUAAACAUGUAUGACAAAUGCCAUUUUGACUCACUGAAUCCUUUUGCUUAUUACUGCAGUGGUUUUCAACAUGGGGUUGGUGUUCCCACAUAUCAGUGUUCCCCUGUGGGUACUUGGCCCAGGCCUAUCCACCUGGGAUACUUGGUAAGACUCAUAGGAACAUAGGCCUACUGUUAAACUGGACAUGAGAAGAUACUUCAGGAAGUAUACUCUGAGGCAGAGCAGGAUGUUAUUAGGGGUACAGAAAAACUAUUUACAGAACAAAAUCUUAACUGUCAUUCCUAUCUUACCUCAGAAAUCAAAGACAAGGGCAACUACUACCGCGCCUGCUAUUACUAUCUGCCUGCUUCUUGUUUUGGUCCUUGUUUUCCUGAAUAAAAUGAACAUAAAUACUA